AUGUUGAAAACAAGUUUAUCCCCAAAUUAUAAACCUGAUUUGAGUGAUUCUGAUACCAGUAAUGAUAAAGUGAAGAAUGAUACUGCUGAGGUUAGUAAAACCACUGGUAAAAACAAUAGUAAAUCUACAUCUAGAUUAACUACACCAGUAGAUGAAGAUUGGUCAAUCAUUUCGUCAUCUUCUGAUCUUGAUAUUGAUGAUGAACGGUCUACUACUAGCUCCCAAGAUUAUCCUCAAUUAAUAAUCAACGAUUCAACGGACUUAUCUAUUUUAAAAGUACCCGAACAACACGUACCUCAAACAUCCUUAAAAACAGGUACCACCACGCACCAAAAUGAAGAGGGGAACCCCAAUCUUGAAACUUCCCAAACUACAAUAUCCACACCUUCAGACUCAGAUUUGGAAAUGGAAUCAGAUUCAAAUUCUAUUUUGAGUGGUGGGAGUAGUAACAACAACAAUGAUAAUUCUCUUAAUGUUGGUUCUAAAAUCCGGUUUUUCGAAAACUUGACUCAAUUGAAUGAUUCAAUAAAACAAAAAUCAAAUCAAUUUUAUUAUGAUUUUGCCAAAAUUCAUUUAGAUAAUUAUAUUGAUGAUCAACAACACAGACAAGAAGAAUUGACAAAUGAAGAAACGAAGGAAGGCGAAAUAGAAGAAAAUUUGGAUGAUACUAUUGAAUUAGUAUCUAAUAUUGAGUCGAUACCUAGUGAGAAUGGUGUUAUUGAUUCAUCUUUGUCUACAAUAAAAGAUAGUCAAGUUGGGGAUUUAAUACUGAAACAUAACGACAACAAUAACAACACUAUUGUUGUAAGGAAAUCUAAACCAGUAUUGGUUCGUGCAGUUCAAAACUUGCAAAUCUUUUUAGAUAACCAUUCCGAUUAUCUUUAUUAUUAUAUGAUGGCAGCUAUGGUGGUUGGUAUUAUUCCAGUGAUUUAUAGUAUCAAGUAUGUUUUGGUUCCUAAACAAGUUGUUGAGAAACCCUUGACAGCUUUUGAUAAAUUGAAUCAAAUGUGGGACCAUUUGCUAUAUGAAGAGGAACAGGAAGUGAUUACCAAGAGAAGUAUAUUUUUCAUUGGUAGUGGUGGUAGUACCACUACUGGGAAGCAUAAAACUAAUAAAUUGAUCAAAUUUAUUAAUACUUUGCAAUACAAUUUUCAUGAUAGAGCUCUCCCUCAGUAUUAUGUUAUGGUUGAUAAAGUGAAUUUUUAUAGUAACAGGUUUUGGAAACAAUCUCAAGAUUUGGGAGCAGAGAGUUUAAUCAAGUUGAAAUUGUGGGGUGAUCAAAGUGUUGUCAUUCUCAACAAGUAUUCGGUUAUUGGAUUGAGGAAGUUUGAUUAUUACAGUCAAGUUGGACUAGAUAAUUUUAUUAAAUACAGAGAAUUAAGCUUGGAUAAUUUACAGAGAUUUUAUUCUAGAGCAGGUUUCCUUGGUAAAAGAUACGGCCAUAAUGUAAUUGUGGGAUCAAAACGUAUAUUGAAGGAUAUCACUCAUCAAAGUCAACAGUUGAAGACUUUUAUGGAAGAGGUUUUCAAUAGUGAUUCUUAUGAUGAUUUGAAAGAAAAUAUUCAUCAACAAUGGACACAUUUGAUUAGUAAUUAUAAUUCCAAUGCGGCAGCUGCUGUUUCCACCGCUUCCAAAUUCAAGUCAAGAUUGGAUAAGAAUGCUGUUCAAAUUUAUAAAUUUGGUAAGAAUUUAGCUGAUUCUAUCAAAAGCGAAUUAGCUAGUUCUUGA